GCUUCCUCAUGUCUCAUUUCGAAACAACCAACAACAGGCGGUAUAUCUGGUUGCCAACAGCCAUAAUGAUACCCUCCUGGCCAUCUUGUCUGGAUCCUUGACUUCUCUAUAACAGCCAUGGGCCUACCGCUGAGAAUGAACAACAUCCACGCACCCACGGUCCCUUCGGGUCCCACCACCGCGGGGGCCCCCACGAACGGCGCCCCUGCGAACCUCACGAUUGCAGAGCUGCAGCGCAAGAAGGCAAAUAUGGAGAUGGAGCUCUCUGCCUUGAGCAGCGUGCUCGACUCGCAUGGCGUCGACAUGCACACGAGUCUGGUCACGGCCGAUGGCUUCCCCCGCUCCGACAUCGAUGUCGCGCAGAUCCGGACUACCCGCGCGCGCGUCAUCCACCUCCGAAAUGACUACAAAGACCUUAUGGGCAAGAUCGAGCAAGCUGUGUACGCGGGCUUCGCCGAAGGAGAAGAGGAGGAAGAUACACAGGAAGAAGAAGCUCAGACCGCGGCUGGUGCCCGAAAUCCUGCGCCUCGCGAUGCCGCUCCAGACCUUAAUGACGAACCUUUCGCCAAGGUGAACACUGUCGCGGACGACAGUCCAGCAGCCGCGGCCGGGCUGCAGCCGGGUGAUCUAAUUCAUCACUUUGAUAGUGUGAACAAAUUCAAUCACGAUGGGCUGAAGAGGGUCGCUGAAGUCUGCCAGCAGGCUGAGGGGCACAAUAUCCAUGUGAGGAUCUCGAGACCCAGACCAGCAGCGCCUCCACACGAGCUGCUGGUGACCUUGUGUCCCAGGCGAUGGAGCGGGAGGGGGCUGUUAGGAUGUCACAUUGUGCCUCUCUGAGGAAGCAUGAUCGUCUUUGAGAGACUGCAUAUUGUAUGCACAGUCCAACUCAAGCUUACACAAGCCAGAAGACGAAAAGACAGCAACGCAGAGGAAUGCGGCCAACACGCAGGUGAUGACUUUGAGCUGCAAAUCAUGACUCGUCUUUUAUGAAGGCAUGCCUCAUGACAAAACAAUUAGCAAUAAGUAUAUGAUAGGCCAUUUCGGGGAC